AUGGAAGCCAGUAUGCUGCAAAAGCGCACUCAGUUGCCCCAACAGCAACAAAAACAACAACAGUCCGGAAGGAUGACCGGUGCGCUCAAUGGCCGUCGAGCUUGUGGAAUCUGCAGGGAGCGGAAAGUUCGGUGCGAUCGUGAGGAACCACAAUGCGGCCGGUGUGCCCGUUUGGGCCAAGACUGCAGCUACAAUGUAAGGCCGCGCAUCUCGCCUGAUGACUUGCCUCUGCAGAUUUCCCAGAUCAACGACAGACUAGCCAAGGCCGAAGCGUUGCUGGUCACCCCGAGGAACGGGUCACUGCCGGCCACCACACCGCCAUCUCAUCUUCCUCCCCAGACGAAACCACAAUUCCCGUCUUCUCCGGGCCACAGCCGAACAUUAAACUUAGGGUCUCUCACAAGUGCCUCCAGUAACCUGGCGUCCCAAGUUGCCAUGGACGUAGACUUGCCACCUCCGGAGGUCGCCAAUAUGCCUGCCAGUGCGACCUCAGACCAGGCUACUGGUCUUGAUCUAUUCGCCAACUUCACUGGCAGCAUUGACUAUUCGGCUGCAGGUCUGGGCCCGGAUUGGGUCACCAUGACGAUGCCCAUUCCUCUAUUGGAGUCUACGGCAAGCCCUACUAUGACAACAUGUGCAAGCCACACCACAGCGUUCAGCAUCCAGGAUACCGAAAUCGCAUCGCGCCACCUUACUGCACUUCAUCGUAAUUAUUUUGAAAUUGUCUACUUUUCCCUGCCCUUUCUCUCUGAAAGCAGGUUUGCGGCUGAACUUACCGGCAAUUCAAGUGCACCAUCGGUCUUGGCACUUGGUUAUGCCGUCGCCCUCGUCGGAUGUACCGUCUCCCUGCAACACCCACAUCUACUAGAGGCAUACUAUACUGCUGCUCGCAACUAUGCUGAACAGUGUGAGAGGGAGGUUGACGAAGGAGGCGCAGCCAACUUAAACCUGUUGCAGGCCUUGCUUUUCAUCAUUCGUUUUGAGAUCACGGAUAGGCGACUGACAAGAGCUUGGAUGACUCUGGGUCGCGCUGUGAGGUUGUCAAAACUGCUCGGCUUGCAUCGGAUAGAUAGCGACACAAACGAAUACAGCGCGGGGCCAGAUCUACACCUUAACCUCCCAGCAACGCAAGAUCCCCUUUUGUUGGAAGAACGACGACGAUCGUUUUGGUUCCUUUACGUCUUAGAAAGUUAUAUGCGAACGCGUACAGGUGUGAACUGUGAGCUUGGGGAUGUUCAUGUUCGUUUCCCGCUUGCCCUGACGUUGAGGGUUCGACUCCCGUCGCCAGGCCUAUUAUCAACAGGAUUCUCUCCAAUAGAGAUGCCGUUUUUAGGCGACCUUACCCCUGAAACGUGCCCCGAGAUCUCAACUUACGCGGCCUGUGUUCUUAUGGUGGAUAUUGCUAUCAAGUGCUUUGAUCAUGGGCGAUUAGUUGAAAACGACACCCCCGCCUUUGGAUUUUGGGACAAUCACCAUAACCUUGUUCAGACUAUCGAUGAACGCAUUGCCAUGUUACAUAUGCACAUGAACGCUAAAGCUGUGAAGGAAGAUCCGGUGGCGUUUAGCAUGUACAUGAAUCUACGUGCCACGGAAAUUCUAUUCCAUGAGGCUGCUAUCGUGCAAGUUGAGCGGAUUGGUCACCCAAGGCUCGUAGCUGCCGAGAGCCAGAGGCGGUCCACAGCAGCUGCGUUCAAAAUUGCAACCACGGUACGACUAAACUGGCCGGAGGAGCAGCCAGAGCACGGUAUUUUCAGGCUGCAGGCAACGUUUAUCGGCUGGCCGCUUGUCAUGGCCAUGAAAGCGCUCCACCGCCAGCUCAAACUAAAUCUUAGUCAGCAGAAGCAUGAUUUUCGUCAUUAUCAUCAGAGCGAAACCCUGACAGAUCUGUGCUCGUCGCUACGGUUGCUUAUGACAGCAUUAGACCAUAUUGAACAAGCUGAUGGAUUUUGGCACAGAUCUACAGAGUCUAUCGCGGCAACGUUGAAGAACCAGCAUGACGGCCGAGACCUUGAUUCCCUUACAUUAUAG